AUGACAGAGACAACAGAGACAACAGAGACGCGUCAGUCUUUGAGACUGGCUGUUGAGGGUUGUGGACAUGGAAAGUUACAUGAUAUCUACGCUGCUGUUAAAGGGUCAGCAGAAUCGCGAGGCUGGGAUGGAGUUGACUUGUUGAUCAUUGGAGGCGAUUUUCAAGCCGUGAGAAAUUCCAAUGAUCUCUCUUGCAUGGCGGUCUCAACUAAGUAUAGGGCCAUUGGGGAUUUUCAUGAGUACUACAGCGGUGCCCGCGUUGCACCGUACCUGACUGUGUUUGUGGGCGGCAACCACGAAGCCAGCAGCCAUAUGUUCGAGCUCCAUUACGGCGGUUGGGUUGCUCCAAACAUAUAUUACCUGGGUGCGGCCAACGUGAUUCGUUAUGGGCCAUUUCGAAUCGCCGGAAUGUCCGGUAUUUGGAAAGGAUAUGACUACCAUAGACCUCACUACGAAAGGAUCCCUUACGAUGGUGAUACCCUACGAUCCGCCUACCAUGUUAGGGAGGUCGAUGUUCGCAAAUUACUCCAGAUCCGUACUCAAGUUGACAUUGGAGUUAGCCACGAUUGGCCUCAGGGUAUUGAAUGGGCUGGGGACUACAAUCGUCUGUUCAACAGCAAAUCGCACUUUAUCGAGGACGCAGAAUCGGGGAGGUUAGGCAAUGUUGCUGCAAAACAAGUCCUUGAUAGACUCCGGCCCAGUAACUGGUUCUCUGCUCAUUUACACUGCAAAUACACCGCCACGGUGCACCAUGAGGGGUACGAACCUCCACAAUCAGUACCUCAAUUCAAUAACCCCAGUGAAAAUUACCCCAAACCAACUAGCGGCGGGUACAAACAGACUGGUGACACCGAAAUUGAAAAGGCCUAUAAUUCGGGUCAUCCCAAAGGAGCCUCUGGACCCAACGCGGCUCAGACACAACAACUCCCAAGUGAUGAUGGCGCGAAGAAGAACGCGUGGCGUGAUUUUCACAAUGUUGCAGCUCUGACAGAACAGGAAGAACAGGAUUUGUUCAUGAAAGAAGUGGAGAAGUAUCAUAAAAAAGUUGAGGUUGGCAGCAUUAACCCCGGAAGCGACGUUACAUAUCAACUGAAAUGGAAAAAAGUAGGCGUCGAUGAUGGUACGGGUCGUGAAGUUCAAGACGUUAUCACGACUUCGGUUGACACUGCUGUCGACAAGGCCAUCGAGGAGCCCACAGUUCACGUGAAAAAUGAUGAUGAAAUUAACUUGGACAUGGAGGACGAAUCAGAGACCGAGAGUCCAAAUGCUAGCACGAUUCGCGUCGAGCUGAACAAACAGCCUACAUCAGUGAAGAAUGCAGAUGAAAUGAAUACUGAUGUAAAGGAUGCAGAUAAAGCUCCCGAGGGUUCGGAGGCUGCACCAAACGAGUUGCAUACAGGAAAUGUUGAGAAUCAAGAAGAGAAAAAGAAGGAAGAUAAAUAUCUCGAUUCCGUGCCCCAGGAUAUACGCAACCAAUUACCUGCCAGUUUUGCUAAAGCUCCAACUGUCCCAGCUAUUCCAAGGGCCAAACCAAUCGUGGAAUCCAUACUUCCCCCUGGAAUCACAAACACUACUACCGAGUUUGUGGCACUGGAUAAGUGCGAAGGCCGACGCCACUUCUUACAUCUUACGGAACUCCAAUCGAUUUCAGAGAGUGAUGAAGCAGACACCCAGGUUCCUUAUCAGUUGAAAUAUGACAAAGAAUGGCUUGCUAUCACCCGUGCCUUGCAUCCAGGUUUUACUGUUGGCGAUAGAUCUGCCCCUGUGCCCUCAAACAAGGGUGACGGCGGUUAUAAGCCUGAAAUUACGGCUGCGGCCGAGUGGGUUGAGGAAAAUAUUGUCAAAGCUGGAAAGAUGGCUAUUCCACAUAAUUUUACAAUCACUGCUCCAGUUUACGACCCGUCUGUGCCUAUCCAUACCAAUGAACAGCCUCCGGAAUACCCUAACCCACAGACCGCAGAGUUUUGCAAGCUGCGCAGAUGGAAGAUUUGCGUAAGGCGAACGAAAAAGCUAACCAGCAAGGAGGCAUAUUCCAACUUGGGGGUCGACGUGGUGGACGGGGAGGGCGAGGAGGGCGAGGAGGUAGGGGCCGUGGACGUGGCGGCCGUGGAGGACGUGGUAGAGGUCGUUACUGAGGUAGAUGCUGCUAAGACAUGA